UUACCGUUCUUGGAUCAUCGACCUGCGCCACCGGAGACGCACCUGUCGAUAGAGACGUCCGACCUCUGCUAUACGCUGAUCACAUCUCUGCCUGGCUUCAGCCUCGAUGCCAUCACGCUGGCAACGAAACACCAUAGGCAGCUGGUCAUUGUCGCGGAUAAAUGGGAUGAAGCGACGGGCGGCCACUUCGAGCGUCGGGUGACUUUUGGUCACGACGCUGAUCUGAAACGCACCACGGCUAGCUUUGAUGGUAGUCAACUCAAAAUCGUAGUACCGAAGCGC